ACUGCUUAUUUCGCGACUACCCUGCAUAACCACAGCCUGGUUACGCGUACGUUGGCAUGCUCAUGCUUCCCGAAGUGAAUAUGCCUACUCCUCACUUAAUGGGUCGAGACGGAACGCGGCGCCUGGAGUAUGGCUGAUCUUUCUGUUACCUUGUGCAAUAAUCAUUGGAUUUUAUACGUAUAAAACCGAUUCGGAACCAUACGUCAUAUCGACAAUUGUGAGUUGUGGUCUCCUCGUGAGUGCUGUGUCCAACGUGUUACAUUGUGACCGGUUUCCAGCCAAACCAUUGAGUUACAUCGUUACCGCAGCUGUUGUCGCGCAGUUAUUAACUCUUUAUACUGAUUUGGGUAUCGGCUAUAACGUGACAUGUGCCGUGUUCUGUGCCCUUUCCUAUCACCAACUGUUGCAAUCAGUCGUCUCGUGCUGUCCUUUGAGUUUCACGUAUGGUGAAGCCGCCGUGACAACGCAGGCCGUGCUGCUGUUUACCGUCGCCUCCGUUACAAACAUGUUGGUGCCGUCCCACGUACAAACGUGCUUUGGCGUGUUCACGACCAUAUUGCAGUUUGGAAUCGUUGGCGUAUCCCUAUUUUCUCUGGCUGUGUACAAAAUUGAAAUUUUGCGCACCUCAUCCGCUAGGUUUUAUGCGGUAUUUACCGUAUUCAUAUCCGUUACAAUCGUGCUACCGUUACAAAUCGUCCUGGACGCUAAUCCCGUUCUGGAAAUUCUAAACUGGGCCUUAAAAGACCGUUAUACGACGAUCCUGUUGCUGUACUGGAUCGGGUGUACGGCAUUUGCCUUCAUUUUCGUGUGCACACAAAUAAUGAGUGACGUAAAAGCAUCGACGUCGAUCAGGAAGAACUUCCAUUUGAUUGUUUGUCUCGUGUAUGUUCCGGGCCUGGUUCGUGAUCCUUGUUUGUUAUACUUGGCAAGCGGUGUGGCUUUUGCUAUUUUCGUAUUGUUGGAAACAUUACGCAUUGCUAAGAUUCCACCAUUAGGCGCAGUCCUUCAGGAAGGUUUUCGCGUGUACUCGGACGAGAAGGACGAAGGACCGGUGGCUUUCACUCCGAUUUACUUGCUGGUCGGAUGUUCUCUCCCGCUUUGGAUCCAUCCGCAACCUGACGUCCAGAGUCUGUUGCCCUUAUUGGCCGGCGUAUUGUCUAUAGGCAUUGGAGACACGACCGCCAGUGUGAUCGGCUUUAAGUUUGGGCGACACAAGUGGAACGGUUCGAAAAAGUCCAUCGAGGGUUCCAUAGCUUGUUUCACUUCUCAAGCUCUGUGUAUCAUCGCGCUCAAGUAUACAGGUUUAUUAUGUGAUAUAAAUCUUAUGGUACCUCUACUUGGAGCUGGUAUUAUAACUCUUGUUGAAGCAAAAACCGAACAAGUCGAUAACUUAGUACUGCCUCUUAUAUUUUAUAUAUUGUUAUUGUUCUAAAAUAAUACGAUUAAUAACACAAGUUUUUGAUUUUAGAACCAAUUGUUUGUUACAUCUUAAUAUAUACCUAUUUCAUUUAUUUUAUCAAAUUGAAUUUGUUGCAGUUUUUACGACACAAAAUAAAUUAAACCACACUUAGUACAUAA